CCUCUUGCUUUCGGCACAUGUUGUCGGCAUUCUAUGGUUCUCUGCUCGGCUCUCCCUCCCUCUCACAUCCCUCUCAUCUCCUAUGAGAGAAUACCCGGCAAGCAAGUAUUGCUAUUUCAGUUCAAUCUCUGACUAAAGAAAGUCGGGAUUUUUGAGAGACAAGCUGCUUAGUUGUGCAUGAGGAGAUAGUAUCUGAAAUGAAUAUUUUCAAAAAGCUUACUCCUGGCAAACAUUUGUACGGUGCAUCCUUGAAGUAUCCAGCAGCUUAUCGUUUUCUGCUUCAGCCAUCCUAUAGCACAGUAGAAGUUCAUUCCCAGCAGCAGGAAGUUGUGAUUGCUAUUGGUAGCAAUGUCGGAGACAGACUUAACAAUUUCAAUGAGGCUUUACGCCUAAUGAGGAAAUCAGGCAUAGAAAUCAGCAGACAUGGUUGUCUAUAUGAGACGGCACCUGCCUAUGUGACUGAUCAGCCUCGAUUCCUCAACUCUGCUGUUAGAGGGGUCACAACUCUUGGGCCCCAUGAUCUAUUACAGGAGCUGAAGAAGAUCGAGAAAGACAUGGGCCGAACUGCUGGGAUAAGGUAUGGGCCUAGGCCAAUUGACUUGGAUAUUCUGUUCUACGGCAAGUUCAGGAUCAACUCGGAUACUCUGACCGUCCCUCAUGAGAGAAUAUGGGAGAGACCCUUUGUGAUGGCCCCCUUGAUCGAUUUGCUGGGAUUAGACGUUGAUAAUGACACAGUUGCUAGCUGGCACUCGAUGUCGGUACAGUCCAGCGGGCUCCAUGAGUCAUGGCAGAAGUUGGGUGGAGAAUCUCUAAUUGGGAAGGAAGGUAUGAAGAGAGUACUACCAGUGGGUAAUUGGCUGUGGGACUGGUCAGAGAAAACCUCGAUCAUGGGAAUUCUUAACUUAACGCCAGAUAGUUUUAGUGACGGGGGGAUGUAUCAGUCAGUAGAAGCUGCAGUUUCACAUGUACGAUCAAUGAUCACGGAAGGGGCAGAUAUGAUUGAUCUAGGAGCACAAUCCACAAGGCCAUCAGCAGAACUGAUCUCCCCUCGGGAAGAAUUGAACCGAUUACUUCCAGUCCUUGAAGCAGUUUUGGAGAUGCCUGAGAUGGAGGGAAAGUUUGUAUCUGUGGAUACCUUUUACUCGGAAGUUGCUAGAGAAGCUGUCAAUAGGGGAGCCCACCUUGUGAAUGAUGUAUCUGCGGGAAAAUUAGACAGUCAGAUGUUCAAAGCUGUUGCUGAACUUAAGGUUCCUUACAUUGCCAUGCACAUGAGAGGAGACCCUUCUACGAUGCAGAACAAUGAAAAUGUGCAGUAUCAGGAUGUCUGCAAGGAGAUUACGUCUGAAUUGUAUUCGAGGGUUAAGGAAGCAGAACUGUCGGGCAUACCAGCUUGGAGGAUAAUUAUUGACCCGGGAAUCGGGUUUUCAAAAAGGACUGAGCAUAAUGUGGACAUUCUUGUGGGCUUACCGGCCAUCCGGGAACAAAUUGCGAUGAAGAGCUUGGCGGUGGCUCAUGGCCCAAUGUUGAUUGGGCCUUCAAGGAAGAGAUUUCUUGGUGAGAUAUGUCAACGACCUGUCGCAGUUGAGCGGGAUCCGGCAACUGUUGCUUCAGUCACUGCAGGGGUACUGGGUGGUGCAAACAUAGUGAGGGUUCACAAUGUUAGGGAUAAUCACGAUGCGAUGAGAGUCUGUGACGCAAUGCUAACGAGGAGGAGAUCUCGUUCGUGAUAUUUUAAUUGAUCAUUUGCUCAGUAGUGAAUUUCUUCUCUUUUGAUUUCUCAAGGAGUUGUCCUCCUCUUUUGCCAUCAAUUGAUGUAACCGAAAUUUUGUUUGUGCAAAAUAAUGAAGGCCAAAGCUUUUUAAA